CAUCGAAAAUGCUCGGCAACCAUCCGUGGGAGGAGGGGGGCUCCUGCACGGUGGGUUGCCUACUUACUGCCUAGGCCCAGUAGGGGAACGCCCAAUGACCGGGUUCUGGAACUUGAGCGAGCAUCCCUGGACGCAUGUCGGGUAGAACCUUUCAUUUAGACCAAUCGGAUGAUUCCAUGAAGUGCAGAAUCGUGUCUCCAAGGGUAAGUUUCUAGAUGUAGAAGUACACGCAGCAGCCCGUAGAGCGUUAGUCAUUGUGCUAAAAUUCUCAGAGGGAGCGUUUUAAAGAAUUAGUAGUAUAGAUAGAAUGCCAGGGAAGCGGGAUUGAAGAACGGGGGAUGGGGGGUGAGACGAGGGGUGGAUAACUCCCCUGCCAAGUGUACACCCCUAAUUCUGCCCAAUUCAAACUAAUUCAGACCAAUUCAAUUUAAUUCAAACAAAUUCAAAACUAAUUCAACUAAUUCAGUCCAAUUCAUGACAAUGUUCAGUCAAUUCAAGUCAAUUCAAGCCAAUAUACGGUAAUUCAGUAACAUAAAAUCGCAAUAAUUCAAACUAAUUCAAAACAAAUUCAACCAAUUUAGUCCAAUUCAAAUUCAAGCCAAUUCAAGCUAAUUCAAAUUCAAUUCUUGAAAUUUGUAAACCCCAUUCAGGAGUUAUCCACCCUUCGGGGUGAGAGGGAGGGGGUGGGGGAAUUAGAAUAUUUGAAAAAUCGAAAUGGAAAAGUAAUUGGCAUUUCCAUUUGGUAUUUUACAUGCGCGCAUGUCGGGCCGGCCACGCGGCCCGGGCGGGCGCGACCUAUAGCAGCCCAUAGCGGGCCAUAGCGUCCAGCCGCAGACGGCUGCGGCCCGGCCCGACGUGCACGUAGAUAUGAGCUCCGUUCUCGAAAACCAGAAGUCGUAUCAAAGUGCGGCAAAAAGGAAUGUAAAGUUUAAAGUCAGGCGGAAAAUCGGCUAGCUCUAUGUUGGUCGAUGGCUCGUCUCCUUGCAUGAGAAAAUACGGGUUGAAAAAGCUCUUGUGAUUUCGGAAAACAGCUCAUUUUGUCAAACGGCCCUGAUCGAGUACAAGGCCUUCAAUCACAUAAGGAACCAUACCGUUGUAAUCGUCACACUUUCACAUUUAUUUUGAUGUAAUGGUCGAUGUACUUUGUUUGAGUUAAGUACCCAAGAAUGCAAUUUUAGUUUAUGCUCACACACGCUCCGCCCGCCACGCCGGCGGCGCGCUAGGGGACCAGUGCCACUAGCGAUCCUGGCGGCCGAAAGUUUCAAUCGCCAUCCUCAUAGUGUGAUGAAGCCACAGGGUAACUUUGCUGUUCUUCUCAGAACCCAAUACAAAAACAUUGAUUCCAUCAUUUGCUGGCAGCCUAGACUGGCACAGCCUAGGGGCAGCCAUAAACCUAAACCCACCCAAUCCAUCGAAUGUGUUUUGAUACAGAAAACUGGGUUCAGACUCAUGUUUUAUUGCAAAAUCGACGCAGACGAGAAACGGGAGACGGACAACUCGCCCCAUCUAAGUCGCCCCAUGGUACAAGUCGCCCUAAAGCUAACUCGCCCCGAUUUUGGGGCUGGGGCGAGUCGCAGACUUGUGCCAUCUCGCCCCAGUCAAAUAUUUUGGUCCAUUUUUUUUAACAUUUGCAUAUUGCUGGGCAUAUUGCUGGGCAUUGUUGAGCGCCCCUAUAUAAGCCCGGCGCCCAGGGGAGGAGGCCAGUGCGCGGGUGACAAUGGCUGGGAGAGGGCCUGGCACUAGUAAAGUGAGGAACACGACCACCCAGCGUGGGGCGCGGAAAGCUAUUUAUGAAGGAUUUAUGUAUGUAUUCCAUCGAGAGAAGAAAGAUGGGACGGGGUGGCGCUGCGACCAACGGGGCAAGUGUCUUGGCCGCAUGACUGUCCUUCCGAACGACACAGUCCUGGAUGAGAAGCCACACUCACACCCGCCGGACUGGGGCAGCUGCACCGCUCAAGAGACCGUGCAAGCCAUCAAGAGAGCCGCAGAGACGUCCAGAGCAACAACCGUCGCCGUCGUGCAGAGCAAGAUAGCGCGUGUUUCAGACAAGACCGCCAUGAAGUUGCCAAAAUUCCGAAACUUGAAGAAAAUGGUGCGAAGAGUGAAGCGACGAGACUUGCCACCCGAGCCCAAGGAGCUGAUGGACCUCGAGGAGAUACCUCGGCAAUUCAGAACGACACUGAAAGGUGACAGAUGGCUGUUGCAUUUUGAUCCGGAGGAAGACCAGAGGGUGAUCAUCUUCACCACGGACAAGCACCUCAGGCUACUGGCGCGCGCUACAUACUGGGUGAUGGACGGGACAUUCAAGGUGGCACCGCACAUCAUCUGCCAGGUGUACGCCAUCCAUGCGGCAAUCAACGGCAAGUGGGUUCCACUUGUCGUGGUGCUUAUGGAGAGGAAGACAAGAAGAGCCUACGACGACGUGUUCGAGAUCCUCAAGACGGAGACCCGAAGGCGUGUGAGGCGGGAGCUGGCUCCGGAGAAGGUGUCAACCGACUACGAGCAGUCCGCCAUUCAGGCUGUUCGAGCUGCAUUCCCAGACGCAGAAGUUGCUGGAUGCCUGUUCCACUUCGGGCAGGCCCAAUGGCGCCGGCUCCAGGAGGCAGGGCUUGCGGUCGCCUACCGCGAGGAACAGAACGAGGCCAUGAGAACGGACUUCAUCGCCCUGGCCUUCGUUCCCUUGGACGACGUGGAGGACGCCUUUGACGCCCUGUCAGAAGCUGCGGUGCUGAUCCUGCGGCCCAUCUUCCAGCACGUGGAGGAGACGUACCUGCGAGGGCGACUCCGAGCACGGCGAGGCGCUCGUGUCCGUAGGCGAGGGCCUCCUCUCUUCCCUCCGCACCUGUGGAACUGCUACGAGCGCACCGUGGAGGGGCUGCCGAGGACGACCAACCCUUGCGAGGCGUGGCACAGGCGAUUGUUGUCCCUCAUCGGCAAGCACCAUCCGUCGUUCUUCGUUUUCCUCGGGCAGCUCCGGGAGGAAGUGGGGGAGAUCGACAUCUUGAUCACCCGUGCUGAGGGCGGCUUCUCUCCUUCAAAGCGCAAGACAUCUUUGGAGCAGAAAGAAAUUCGCAUCCAAAGAAUUGUGGACCGCUACGAGGAGUACAAGGAGGACGAGGACGUCCUCACAUACUUGCGAGCCAUCGGCCACAACCUGUCCGGAUUCUUCUAAAACUAUUCAAUAAAAAUUCCCAUUCCUUGUUUAAAAAAAAACUUAUUUUUA